CCUGGUUCCGUCCUGGCCAGACCACCCCGACCCUCUUCUACACCGAUGGGAACAGAGAGCGGCCAUUGCGUCGGUGCAUAGCGAACGUACGUCUGUCUGGUGUUUCGAGCUGAGCCAUCAUCUAACACCAGAGACCUGUUCACCGACUCCGGCCAUGUGGAAACUCGGUAUUUCAUAACGCUGCAUUGAUCAGGUUUACGCAACCAGCAUUUUCUCGUAGAGGACAGCCGGCCUGGAAGACGGAGUACCUACCUUCUGACGCUCCGACUUUGUCGCUUCCAUUUAGACGCGCAUCCGAACUUGAAACCCAUCUGCAAGCUCUCUCUUGGCGGCUAUUGGAGGGAAGCGACACCAAAGUCACCAUUUACCCAAGCGUGGCGAGACACAACCCGUCGGACAAAUUUACCUAACCACAUCAUCUCCAAUUCUCAACGUCGAAGCAAAUCGCAGACGCCUCGUUUGCACCGUUACCUAUCCCGCCCCCUCCAUCCUGCCGAAGCGUUCGAUUGCCCCUCCCUCCGUCCCACCGCCGGAGUCGAUUUCAUCUGGUCCUUGUUGCGAAAAGAGAAGCUGCACAUCCAACGAACGUGCCGCUAGGAUACCGGCGGGACGACACACACGGCAGCGCGGACACAGAAAACAACGGACGACGAUAAAUCCAUGAGACCGACCGCCGCUGCUUCAACAUCGACCGCCGCCAGAUGACCGACGGCUAGCUCCUUGCGCGUGCAAUGGGGUCCCUCGGCGGCAUCUCCCCUGGGGGGACAAUCGCCAUAGGAAUCAUCGUAGGUCUCUUGUCCACGAGCGUCCAGAGCCUGGGUCUCACCCUCCAACGAAAAUCACACAUUCUCGAGGACGAAAAGGGCCCCCACGAAAUACGUCGGCCACCGUAUCGGAGAGGGAAAUGGCAGCUGGGGAUGGGAAUGUUCAUCGCCGCAAACCUGCUCGGUAGCUCCGUCCAGAUCUCGACCCUUCCUCUCCCUGUACUCUCAACCCUGCAGGCCUCUGGCCUCGUCUUCAACUCGAUAUGCGCUACCCUCAUACUUAACGAGCCCUUCACGAGGUGGUCGCUAUGGGGCACACUGCUCGUCUGCACCGGCGCCGUGCUGAUCGCCAUCUUUGGCGCCAUUCCCGCGCCUGCGCACAACCUCCAGGAGCUGCUUGAGCUCCUCGGUCGGAAGCCUUUCGUGGUAUGGAUGAUCAUGCAGGCCUUCCUCGUCCUAUCAAUAGCCAUCAGUGUGGACUGCCUCGAUCACUUCACGAGCCUGUCACUCAACUCGAGAUUCCGCUUCGUCCGCGGCCUCGCCUACGGAGCCAUAAGUGGUAUCCUCUCGGCGCAUUCGCUGUUGGUUGCCAAGUCGGCUGUUGAGCUGAUCAUUAAGACGAUCGCGGACGGCAAUAACCAGUUUAUUCACUGGCAGGCGUGGGUCCUCGUGCUGGCGCUGGUCACCCUGGCUUUGAGUCAAUUAUACUACCUACACCGUGGCCUGAAGCUCGUCUCGACCUCGGUUUUAUACCCCAUGGUUUUCUGCAUCUACAACAUCAUCGCGAUCCUGGACGGUUUGAUAUACUUUAAGCAGACGGACCAGAUCAACCCCUUACGGGCAUGUCUCAUUGCACUGGGGACAGUCAUCCUACUUGCCGGUGUGCUGGCAUUGUCAUGGCGACUCAGCGACGAACAGCACACGCCAGGCGUGGGCCAGUCAUCCUUGGCACCAGGACUUGGCCUCGUGGAGGACACAGAAGAUGAAGAAGAGUCCCUUCUGGGUGGCGACGAUCUUUACAGCCUCCACGAAGAAGAUGACCCAUUACCAGCUACAACCUACUCAACAUUCAACGUGGCCAGUGGCGAGACAACGCCGCUGACACCGACCCCGAAGCGGAAGAAGACGGGCAGGAGAUGGCAAGAGCGCGCCGAAAUUUGGGGCGAGCUCGAAGACCGCGACACGUCCAGCCCGCCCAUCUCGCGCCGGCGCUCCAGCACUAUGCCUGGCGAACUCACCGAAUCUACCUCUUUAUUACCGCACCGCCGUGGUGUAAGUAGCGGUAGCGGUAAUCCUCUCUUUUCGUCCUCAGAAGCGGGACCCAGCUCCGAGUCCCUUUCGUCACGCCGGCCCGGCCCGGGUAGGAGGCGACGUAAAUCCACGGGAUUUCCGGGCUUCACAGCCCGCCGUCGGCGCAAGAGUCAGAGUAGCAGUCAACCCACACUCCAAGAGGCUUUGGGCGGCAUUUGGAAGCUCAAGUGGUGGCGAACUGACAGAGGAGACGAUGGCGCGAGCAAUCCACCGGGUAGCAGCGGGAGCGGCAGUGUGUGGCCCGCAUUUCGAGACGAGCCUCCGCCGACGACGGGGCAAGGGGAAGGGGAAAGGGAUAUUGGUGGUAGUGGAGGCAAUGAUGGACGCGACGGGUCCCGAGAUAGGGGACGGGACCGGCGGCCGAAUGAUGAUUCGCCUGUAUGAGUAUUGGAACACUUGUCACGUCAUUAUUCCCUUUUUAAACAUCUUCUUUUUUUCUUUCUAUCAAGAAACCCCAUUACUUCUUUAUGUGAGCAUAAUAGCGAUUACUUAGACAUGUGCCAAUUGCCAGUAGUAUGACUUUAUAUGAUUCUUGAAUCAUUUGCCUGUCUGAUAUAGUUCAUGGGAGCACCUGUCGUCAACGUGUCUUGAUCAAUGACCUCGUUCAGCACAGAGAGGUCAUAGAGCCAGGUACAUCGGAUGGUCGAAUUUGACUUUGGUCAAAACAUGC